AAUGGCGGAAAACGGUGAAAAGAAUCAGUUGGGUUACUUGAAGGAUAUAAUAAAUAAUUUAUAUUCACCUUCUGACAAAAGACAUAAACUCAAGAAUAGUGUUGAAAAAGAUUUUAAAAAGUGUGAUAAAGUUUUGGAAGAAUUAGUAGAAGAGAAUAUAAAUUCCCUAGAGUCUUUAGUUAGUUCAUUUGGCAAAAUUUCUCAAAAAGUUGUUGAUUGUCAAAAGAGGAUAAAAAAUGUUAGGGAAAAUCUGAAUGGUUGUAAAACGUACUUAACUUGCAAACGAGGAGAAUUAAUGAACUUGUGGAAAGAGUCAAUUGAACAUAAGACUUUAUCAUCGUUAUUGAAUCAAGUAGACAAAGUGAAAGAAGUUACUCAACAGUUACCUUUUUUACUUAAGAAUAAACGAUAUAUUGAAGCUACAAGUUCUGUUGUCUCAUGUAUUAAAAUAAUCGACACGGAUCUCAAGGAUGUGGAAGCAUUAGGAGAAACAAGAGAGGAAUUAAUAUUAAGAAGAAGCGAAAUUAUUAAGAAACUACAGAGUGAACUUCAUAAGCAAAUUUACGUUAAAUCUACCGCGUUUAUAGUUAGAAAUUUCCAGAGAUUAGGCUCUGCUAGAGGUUCAACAAAAUCGACAAAUCAUAUACACUGUGAUGUCAGUCUCCAAUCUGAAAUCUUUCUUGAUAAUGAACGCCACAACGAAUUCAUUGAUGCAAAUUUAAAUGAAAUAAGAAAUUCGAAAGAAAUAAGCGAUAUACUUGGAUACGAUAUUGAAGAUAAACCAGUACAGUAUAUUGGUGUACUUAUCGAAUCCCUAAUGAUUUUCAAUGAAUUGAAAGAAUCCCUCCAACUCGUUAGAAGGAAUAUUGAAUUUGGAUUUCUGUCAAUUAUCAAUAGGGCAUCUCGACAAGUUUCUGAUAAUGCCCUUAGUCAAGACGAAAAGCUAACAAAUAACUCGCCUUUACUUAGAGAUUUAUUUGAUUUAAUUUUGAGACAAUUUAGGCUAGUUGUGCGUGUUCACGAGGUAUUACUUGCUCAUUCACACAGAGCACAUUGGAGUAGAGGUAAUCAUCCUCUGGAUGUAUACAAUAUUACCAAUGUUUGGGAACAAGCUCAAAAGUUAGUAAGACAAUUGUUUUUAGAGUAUAUCUCUAUUUCAAGUAAUAAGGACGAAUUGCAAAUAAGGAAAAAAGAUGAUCCUUUCCAAAGUUAUCAAGUAGUAGCGGCUCUUUUUCAAAAAAAGAGGCUUCAAAAAAAUGAACCUCUAUUCCAAUUUGAAGGAUCAUCUCAUGCCCAUAGCUUAAGGUCAUACGAAAGGGAAGAGAGACAAAGCAUCUACGCUAAUUUGGGUGUGGAAGAGGAGAAUUUUGAACCGAUUACCACGCAAAUGACAUACGUUUGUCCUCCAGAUACCGAAAAUAUUAUUUAUAUCUAUACACCCGUUAGCGAUUUUUCACUUGAAAUUGAAUUAGCCUUAAACGAUACCAAUUCUCAACUUAAACAAGAUAUUACUAACUUUAUAAACAAUGUUUAUCUAUUAAAGGUUAAAGGUGAAUGCUUAGAGAAGCUUCAAGGAGUUACAAAUUAUGGUGAUUGGCACACUUCACAAACUUUGGUUUACAAUCGCACCGAUAAAACUCAACUGCCUAUAUUUACGUCUGCAAUAACAGUUAUAGAUUCAAUUCAUAAGUUGAAAGAAAUAUCUAAGCUAAUUCCUAAACACAAAGGGGAUUUUUGCAUGAUGCUAAGCGAUCUUGUAUGCGUUUUCUAUAACAAAAUGAAUAAAGUACUCCAGUCUAUCACCAAUAGACGACAAGUAAGCGUAUCAUGGGUUCAGGACGAAGAUAUUGAGCGGCAUUUAUUAUCUCAGCAUAGUUGGACCGUAUUCGAGAGUAUCAAUGUGGAUAAGUCUGUCCAGAAAUUUAGCGAAAAUGCUGAAAAAGAAGCUGAUAUGUUUACAAACAAUUUAAUUUCUCAGAACCUACUAACACAAGAUGAUUUAAUUUAUGAUGAUACAAGAGAUGCUCUAAAAGCAUUAUCUUGCAUGAUUCAUACAAUUCUCUAUCUUUUGGAGCAUUUAUCAAAAUGUGAUAUACCAAUUAAAGCUGAAUUAGCGAAGUUAUGCAAUUAUUGUACUUUAUUAAUCUUCGUUGAAAUAAGAGUUAUAUGUUUUUUCUACCUGCAACCGCUCUUCGGCAACAUGGAGAAGGCAGGAGAAAAAUUACAAGUUGCUGUGAAACAAUUUCAUCAAAAAGUUUAUAAUCCUCCAUCUGAUGAUUUAAAGGUCGAUGAAAAUAUUAUAAAAUUAAAUAAGAGCUUAGAGGCUAUCGCCGACACGUUAAGAUAUUUUCUUCCCGUCAGCCAUUUCCGAUAUGUUAUGUCAGGAAUAGGCCAUGUCAUAGCCUCAAUUUUCAUAAAUUGUGCAUCGAAAUUGAAGAGAAUGAAUCAUAACGGAGUAAAAAAGAUGAUAAGAAAUAUAUUUUCAUCGCAACAGACUGUGAGUAGUAUACUUGGAUCAACUUCAUAUACUGGAUUAGAUAAAGCGAGACAGUAUUACGAGCUUUUCUAUAGAAAACCGGAAGACUUAAUAAUUGCAAUCGUAGAAAGAGGAGUUGGUACAUUUACACCUUUUCAGUUAGAGGCCGUAGUUCAAUUGCAACACAGAACUUUAAGACUGUCUGAAGAUAAGCUAAAAGAGAGUUUACAAAAGUUGAAAGAAGCUUAUACAUAUUAA